GUUUUAGUCUUACUCUGACUAAUCAGAAAACCAGCAAAAGUUUCUUGCUCUUUUCCUCUUUGUCUUCUUUCUCUUCUCAGCAUAAUAAAUCCUCUUCUUCUCCCUUCUUUUACCAAAAUUUCUUUUCUCUUUUAAGAAUUUUGUUAUCGAGGUGGGUUCUCUCUAUAGGUUUGUUUUUGGGUGUUGUUUCGUUUCUUUCUCUGUUUUAUGGCUAUGGAAGCUUGCUCUGAUCUUGAAGUAGACAUCAACGGAAAGAAAACUAUCUUUCUCAACAAGAAAGUCAUAUGCAAGUUUUCUGAAACAUUGAGGAAACUUCUUGGAAAAACUACUUGUUCUUCCAAUGGUAAUAAUAUCAAAGUGAUCUUUAAGGAUUUCCCUGGUGGAGCUGAAAGUUUUGAGCUUGUAACCAGAUUCUGCUACAGCAACGGUCACUUCACUGUGGUACCUUCGAAUCUAGUCUUGUUCCAUUGUGCCGCUAAGUUUAUGGAAGUCACUACAGUCUUGGAACAAACAGAGAAGUGUAUUGAAGAGAUUCGGUAUUGGACUUGGUCAGAGGUUCUUCUUGGUCUAAAACAGUGUCAAGAACUUGAAACAUCCUCUGACACUGAUUCUUUAGCUGCAAAACUGAUGGAUGCGCUCGUGGAGAAACUGUGUUUAGUCACUGAAGCGAGCCCCUCUAGUGCUGCUUCUGCUUGUUCACCUUCACCAGAUAGCAGCUCGUUUCGGUUUUCUUGUGAUAGUAAGAGCACAGAGAGUUUCAAGAAUAGCUCUUCUCGGAUACCAUGGUGGUUCGAUGAGGUUCUUGUUCUAAGUCCAGGCUUGGUUAAAACGUUCUUGAAGCUGAUGAUAACCGGGAGAUUCGACAAUCUUACCAUAACCAAGUUCUUGUUCUAUUACCAGAAGGUUAAGUUCUGUUCAGCGUCUUGUAAUGAGAAAAGAGAGAUUCUUGAAACCACCAUUGACACUCUUUACGUGUUAGAUAGAAGCUGUGUUCCUUACAAGAGCCUCUUUGGUGUUCUGAGGCUUGCUUUUGGAUUGAACAUAAACAAAGGUGUUAUGAACAAACUUGAGCUUAUGAUUGGUCAACAACUAGACCAAGCAACACUUGACAAUCUUCUUGUUCCAUCUCCAUUGAAGUCUAGUCACUUGUACUACGUGAAUCUUGUUCUUAGAUUCGCAAAAGCUUUCCUCGACGAAGCCAAAAAAGGAUCACAACUGAAGAAAGUGGCGAGAUUGGUUGAUCAGUACAUAGCUGAAGUAGCACCUGAUCCAUUCUUGAAACCUUCAAAGUUUCUGUCUCUCCUCAUGCUCAUUCCAGAUUCAGCAAGAGAGUCUCAUGAAGAUAUCUAUCGUGCUAUUGAUAUGUAUCUCGAGGCUCACGCUGGAUUAACCAACGGUGAACAACUCAACUUGAUAAGAACUUUAAGCUACGACAAGCUUUCAACUGAAUCAAGAGCACACAUUCUACGUAACGCAAAGUUUCAAGCGAUUCAGACACAAGAUGUGCAACAACAACACAAGCAGCUCAUACUCCAAGUAGAGAAGGUUGAUACUUCAGGAGAUAAUGAGAAGUUGAAAGAGCAUAUAGAAGGGAUUCAGUGGAGGGUAAUGGAAUUGGAGAGAGCAUGUUUGAAAAUGCAGACUCAGAUGGAAGUUAUCAAGAAAAGAUCAAAGAGUACAAGCAGAGGAAGCAACAGAUCACUUCCUACGCUCUGUUCUUGAUCAGUGUUACAGUGAUACUUGUACAUAGUAAUAGAAUUUAACUCAAAACACCUUCAAAUAAAAUUCGCAUAACAUUGUGAAAUUCCAGUUUCAUCGCCAUAGUCUAAUAAACAUCAAACUAAAAAUGAAAGCUGUGAAGAAGCAUAGAACUAACAAGAUAGAUAAAGGAGACACAGCACCAAGCAGAGGAUCAAGACUCUGGCAAUUAGUUCUGUGCUCAGGUUGAUUCAGCAGCGGGUUGAGUCACACCAUGCUUCACCAACAGCUUGGUGAGCGAGUCAGGAGAGUGAACAUGGUACUUAACACUCCCUGAAGGAGUCAGAAACACCUCAGCAAGCUCAAGCUUCUCAGAUGUCAAGCUAGUACUAUCCAUCG